GGGGCGGGGCGGGAUGUGAGUGUUGGCCGGCACUUCGUCACACACCGCCCUCAGUAACGAUACGCCGCGCGGGAAGCGUGCGACUCUCUUCAGGGGUGCGCGCCCUCCUGGGGCUCCUGAGGGUUGCGGUCGCUGCACCUGUGAGGUGGAGCGCGGCCCUCGACUUGUGGGAGUUCAGCCAGGGCGGGCACAGCCCCGAGAUGUGCGUUCAAACGUGGAAAACGGGCAAGAGGCGCGCGGCUGCCAACUGAUUCGUGUCCUGCAUUUCUGCGUUGUGGUGGCAGGAGGAGCUGCAGCCCCGCGGUGCGAGGGGUCAGGCUGUUAAAAUCAGCCAGGCGUCGCCUUGCUUUUCUUGACAGAGUAAAGGAUGAUGCUGUGUGGGAGACUGCUUGUCAAGUGGCAUCACCUCAUUUUCGAAGGUGGCUUAAAACACCAAAGAACGCGGAACCAAUAGAACAUAAACCCCUCCACUCUGCCAGUACAAUAAGUGCAAAUAACUAAACGUGUUCUUCUGUCCUCCUGACUACACAAAACUUGUCAGAAGCCUAAUGUCCAGGCCCACCCUCAUCCUCUUGCAGCAGUCUUUCCCGUGCAUUUGUCCUGUAUGAUAACACCCAGAUGACCUUGUUUCUGCUGGAAUUCCUUGAAAGAUGCUGUGCAAGCAAUGCUGGCUCCUACUUGGAUAACAGGCUCAAGGCUGUCUUAAGUAUUUUCUUUUAAGAUAAAGUUUACGUAGGAUAUCGGGGCUAGGCUUAGAGGGGACAAGAGGUGAGGUCAGCCCAAGUGCUUCCCAUCUCCUUGCUCUCAUUUAUAAGAGAACCCUAGGGCUCCCACUGGUAAAGAAAUAAUCUAAGCACCAAGUCCUUGUAUUUUAACAGUCUUCAGCUUCCUUUUCAUAAGAAGUCUCUGGGAUUUCUCAGGCUAUUUCACAGAGAGCCGUCAUGAUCUUUUUGAUACAUUAAAGCAACUCAUUUCCUAUUUCAAAACACUGUAAUUCAUAGAUUUGCAUGACAAGAAUGGCUCUUGCGAAUGCUCUGACCAAGAGAUUUGGUAUAAAGAACAACUUCAGCACUCUUUCAACAGAUUCGGUCUGUGGGGCAAGUUUCACUUCCACUCAAAGGAGGAAAAGGAUUUUAAAAAGUGACUCAUUAAAUGUGAACUGCUACCAUCCUACAACCAAUAAAGUACUAUUCCAACAUUUACAGAUGCCCUUCCCGGAGUCCAGGCUCCAGGCUCCAAUGUGAUGUGCCCUACUUGCUGCUUCAUAAUUCAAAAACUUCUGGCACCACUUCUCUGUAUGCAACCAUGAAAGCUACCUCAAAUGAUCUCAGCUACUCUCUGAAAUAAGAAAGCAUUCACUCAAGUUGUCACACUAGCCUAUAUGUGGUUCAUGCACCUGCAAGAAACUUUGAGGCAAAUGGUGUUAUUAUCUCCGCACUCCAGAUGGGGAAUUAAAGUACAGCACGGAGAAACUGAAGAGGAAGUCCUUUUUCACACCUCAUUUGAGCAAAGCAGAUUCGGUCUGGUGAAAAUUUACAAAUGUGGGGGAUGGGUCAUCCUAAGUGCUAAUGAACUUCUCAGAGGAUUUAUCACCAGCCAUCCCCGUGCUUCUCCUGAGCGUAUGCAGCUUUGAGUUAUGAAGAUAACUUGACCAGACACUUGUCACAAGCCAGUUAGCAAAAAACAGCAAAAAAUCCUGGCCCUGGAUUGGACAUAAUAGUUCUUGGUUCUACUAGUGGAGGGAGCUGUGCCAGUCAGAGCACAAAUCCUUCUCUGAAAAUCUUCAAUUGCAGGUGAUGAAGGAUGAUAUAACAACAGCUCAGGAGACACCGCUCAGCUACAUUCUCCCUGAGAUUUUGACUCAGGGACUUCCUUAUUUUAAUUUAUUUAAUAGCCAAUAUAACUUUCCAAAGCAUACAUGUGGGAGAGCAUCUCAGCUGAAGAACUUUUAAGUGGAGGCACAGUUCUGUUUCCCUUUGCCUGAACACACACCUUUUGUUUUCCUCAGAAUGGCUGAAUGAUUCACAAACAGCAACUGUUCAGGAAUCUAAUCUUCCAUGAACAUCUAGCAAGGAAAAAGUUAGAGGGCUUGGGAGGGGUUAUAGAGCUCUAUUUUAACACAAAAUUAUGGAAUUUCUGAACUCUGUGUAGUGGCUGUAACUGUGUGUGAAUGAGUGUACAUCGAAUGCUGGAGUGCAGUGCAUCAGACCCAGUCUAUGACAUGCAGCCACUGUCUUAGAGGCUGGCUCAUGACUAGAAUAUUUCAAGUUAGACCACUGCUCAUUUGUACUCUGGAGAGGUUGCUCUGUCUCCGCUGUUGUGUUCUCUAUUACACCAAAAUGAAGUAUACAAAACUAGGUUGUGCUUGCAUUACUUCUCCCACAGUAUAAAUUAACUGCCUUAUGUGCAUGUGCAUACACAUAUACAUUCUCUCAACCCUUCUAUACUACUUUAUUUUUCUUUCAUUACUCCUCUUUCUUUCCUGUAAAAAAUCAUGCUGAAUCCUUUCCUGCAGUGUUCUCACUAUCUUAUUUCCUUUUUCUCCAUACACAAAUGACAGGGGUAAUUUAUUAUUCUUCAAAGGAGAAACAAAGCCAGCCCUCUAGACAGACACUGAGAGAAUCAUCAGAGUUAGGAGACCAAAAGUGACACUUAAAAAACAGAAGUUUUUAGAAUAUGAAGUUUGGACAGUUUGAGGAUUUGGGAGUUUGGGUUUAUUUGCAUUCAGCCUUUCUUAAUUUGAGGUCAUUAUUUGUUGAAAAGAACCCAGAAUACUCAGAAGAAUUCUCUACUAGUUAGGACUCAACUUUCCCUACCAAGAGCAUGCAAACACACAUAAAGAAUGAAAGACCAGUAACAGUUCUCUUAAUUCUUUUUUGACAAAUGAAAAUAUACACAAACAUUCCUCAAUACAAACAGUCAAAGGAAUUUAACCCUGUCUACCUCUAUUACAUCUGGCUUUUCUCACAAUUACUAAUUCAAUAUUGAAGACAUUUCUCCUUUUUCUUUCUCUGUCUCAGUAAAGAUAUGUUUUCCACUUUUGAUAGUAGAACUGUAAAGGACAAGCUUGAAAGGUCUUAUUUGUCCUGGAGAUAUCCACCCUUGCAUGCUGCAUGUCUCUAGGAAGUUUUUUACUGAUAAAUCUUUAUCUUCUGUGUACAUACUGUCACUCCCGAGGAUGUAAACUCAGCGACUUUGGUGCAAUAUAAUGUCCUUAGAUCUUCAUAACAACUUGUGACUGAAAUGGCAAUGAGAAGUUUUGUAAAGGCUCACAGAGGUGAUCCUGACAUCAAAUUCAGCAGGCUGCCAGCACAAAAGGCAAGUGCAUGUGAUGGUGUGAGCACUGAGUGGAAGGUCUUCACUGGGCCAGUUUGGCAAUUCCCUGUCUUCAUCAUGAAGUACGUGGAGAAAUCCUGGAGCUGCAGAUGUGUGGAUCAACUAGGCAAGGCUGAAUCUAAUACAGUGGGAAAUGUAUUUUAACAAGCAGAGAGAGAAAAGAGCAUUCGUCUUGAACAAGGCAGUGGCUUACCCAAAUGUUUGGAAUCUGAGUGCAGAUGUCCACAAUGAUACUGCAAACACAUCACAUAAUUAGACAUUACUGGUGUGUAGGAAAGAAAUCAUUAUCAAGGAGAUGCAUGUGCAGAUGUUUAGGAAGUCAGAUAUGAGGAUUCCCACGGCUGCCUGAGAUGAAGACAGAAGACAACAUAGGUCAAGCUUAGAGAAUCCUAUUUUGGGUAUAUAGACUUCAUCACUGACAUUUGUUUUCACAGACUUCAGUGGAUAUUUUGCAAGUAUGAAAAUGCCAGAACUAGGACUACAUAGUUGGAGUGAAUAAUAGCAUUAAGCUUACAGCUGGUCAUUACCAUAUUCCACAGUUUUUAAAUCAGCACUGUUUCUUUAGAAGCCUGCUGCCAGCAAGGAUAUGUUAGCAAUCUUUUAACCUCUAGUCUUCUUUCCUUUUUCCCUCCCCCAUGUUUGUUUUCUCUUGUACACAUUCUUCUUCUUUUGAAUUUCCUGGUCAUGAGGCUAUCACCUCACACCUACUUUAUUCUGUCCUAAAGGCUUGUUUAUUUGUUCCCUCCCUCCUUCUCCCCCCACGAGCAAUCCACUUAACACAUGGCUACAGAGGUAGAAAGGUACAUCAGCUGCAGAAAAGAUGCGUAAAGGGAUAUAGUUAGUUUUUGUGUUUUCUGUAGGAAAAGAAUCAUAAGAAAAUGUUUUCCAUUCUCUAAUCUACACAUACCUGUUGCAUUUUAAGACUAUUAUUUCUUAUUGUCUCCUGAAGAUGUGAAGAUCUUCCUCUUGUUAUGUGUCAGAAGCAUGUGAGAGUGGCUCUCCUGGACCUAUGCUUGUCUAAACUAAGUUGCCCCAGGUCUUUCAAUGCUUUCUCGUAAGUGAUCCUUCUGAAACCUCUAUUUGCUCUUCUUUACGCAACAGUGCACUUAAUUAUUUAUUGACAUAAUAUACACAAAACCUCACCAGGACCCACUUAGGGCUGUGUGCACUGUUUUUCUGUGAUGCUGUCAGUCUCAAGCCUUUCCCCUCCACCUGGCAGCCUAUUUCCAAAGAAAAUACAGGAAAACAGUACCUUGAACACUGACAAAUUUACUUAAAUCCGUCACAGUUGUUGAAGAAAGCAAGUGUGAAGGUAUAGGGAUAAGGCUUCCUCUCACUCCCUCUCAAAAUGCUUGCGUAUACGUUCCCACAGUGAUGUAAGCAAAAUAAGCAGCUGAAUCCCUGUGGCUCCUUGACUUGCUUAAUCUUGGUUUAACUCCAUGAUGACACAGUUGCCGUCAUCUUUCCUUCUUUCAGAACUAAGAUCGCUUCAUGUAAGUCUCUUAGAAUAUUCCUCUCAAAAUGAAGACAACAUUUGUUUGUUUGUUUUUCUCUUGAUAGCUAAGAUGCCUCCUUGUUAAUCUACUGGUUUUGCUAAAAUGCAGCUAAGUUUUCUCUCUCUCUCUUUUGAAACUUCUGGUUAACCAUGAUGUUUGCUUUUACAAGUCAGCUAGUCAUGCACCAUUGCCAGUCUGUCAAAUCUAAUCUGAUUGUUGGAGAAGAUUUUGAAAGACCAGGCUCAGCACAUUGUUUCCUUACCCCAGAGCUGAGACAUGCAGAUAACGCAAGUGGCAAACUCAGAGCAAAACCAUGAGUUUCGGGGGACAUUCAGAACCACGGUUGGUUGAAAACAAACUAAUAAAUAAAGAAGAAAGAUGAUAUUGGAAGCAGUUGUACUGCUGAGCUGCACUCUGGGCAUCAGCACGUUCCCCCUGGAAGAGCCUGAAGAUGGAGGCAAGCACUGGGUGGUGAUUGUUGCAGGUUCCAAUGGCUGGUACAACUACCGCCACCAGGCAGAUGUGUGCCACGCAUACCAGAUUGUACACCGAAAUGGAAUUCCAGAUGAACAGAUAAUUGUCAUGAUGUAUGAUGACAUUGCUGAUAAUGAUGAAAAUCCAACAAAAGGCAUUGUCAUCAAUAGACCUAAUGGAACAGAUGUGUAUGCUGGAGUGCCCAAGGACUAUACAAAAGAGGAUGUUACUCCAAAGAAUUUCCUUGCUGUUCUCAGAGGGGAUGCAGAAGCAGUGAAGGGAGUGGGAUCAGGAAAAGUAUUGAAAAGUGGUCCCAAGGAUCAUGUAUUUGUUUAUUUCACUGACCAUGGAGCUCCAGGACUUCUAGCUUUUCCUGAUGAUGAUCUUCAUGUGAAGGACUUGAACAAGACCAUUUGGUACAUGUAUCAUCACAAAAAGUACCAAAAGAUGGUGUUUUACAUUGAAGCAUGUGAGUCUGGAUCUAUGAUGAAUCAUUUGGCUGAUAAUAUCAACGUUUACGCAACAACUGCUGCCAACCCCAGGGAGUCAUCUUAUGCCUGUUACUAUGAUGAUGAAAGGCAGACUUAUCUUGGUGACUGGUACAGUGUGAAUUGGAUGGAAGAUUCAGAUAUGGAGGAUCUGAGAAAAGAAACACUGCACAAGCAGUUUCAGCUGGUGAAGAAACGCACCAACACCAGCCAUGUGAUGCAGUAUGGAAACAAAAGCAUCUCCUCUAUGAAAGUGAUGCAGUUUCAGGGCAUGGGGAAGAAAGCUGUCCCCAUUUCUCUGCCGCCUGUAGAACACCAUGACCUGACUCCUAGUCCUGAUGUGCCUCUCGCUAUCAUGAAACGAAAGCUGAUGGCUACCAAUGAUAUGUAUGAGGCUAAGAAGAUUGCUGCAGAGAUGAAAGCACAUCUGGAGGCUAAAGAAUAUAUCCAGGAAUCCAUGCGGAAGAUCGUCACCUUAAUAACAGGAUCAACAGAACUGACUAACCAGAUUCUGUCAGACAGGCUGACCAUCAGCAACUACGACUGCUAUCAGGCAGCGGUGAACUACUUCAAAACUCAUUGUUUCAAUUGGCACUCUCCUUUGUAUGAGUAUGCGCUGAGACAACUGUAUGCUUUGGUCAAUGUCUGUGAAGGAAGAUACUCCAUUGACAGAAUAUUCUUGGCCAUGGAUCAAGUGUGCCGUGGGUACUGAUGGAAACAGUAGUCUAAUGUAACCCUUACUGCAAGUGGUAAUUUUUCUUAACUGAAAUAAUCCAGACUUUAUGUGCAUGCAACAUGAAGAGUCAACCACUGUACUGAAGCUGUGCUAGGAGCUGCCCAGCAGCCUUACAUUACUUGCCAGCGCUGUCCCCCCAUUCCCACCUGCCAAGAGCCCAAUGGUUUGACAGAACCAUUUUACCAGACCACAUGGAGCUUUCAAGAUGGGAAUCUCUGGGUGAACACUACAUACCAUCAACAGUGAUUCUAAAUCUACGCUAAAUUUAAAUAUUGACUCAGAUGCUGGAAAAGAAAAAUUGUAGCAUUGCUAACGAUUACUUUUUUUUUUAAUGAUAAUGAAUGCUAUUACAGUGACUAACUUGCAAAUUGGUUGAAGAGUGAAGAAACCAAAGUUUGUUUUUUAAGCUUUAACUCCUUAACAGUUUAAAGCAGCAAGUUGUGUUCAAGAACUAUCAGAUGUUAACAGCACAGUUCAAAUGCGAACAGUAAAAACCUUUGGGUAGAAAACACUGUUUUCCAAAGAAAAAACACAGGUAUCUAAUGCUGUAAAUUUAGCACCAGUAUGCUAUAAUUAAAUGUGUGUACACACAAAUGUGUGGGAAGUCACAGAGUUCAGGAAAUGUCUGUGAAUAAAGUUGAUAGUUUCAUCAACCCACUGGGCAA